AUAACUUGGCGGCCCCGACGAGCGGGGGGCACUUUCCGGCGGCGCCGAGGUCUGCAGCCAGCGCCGAACGGAGCUCGGCGUGCGCUCCGAGUUGUCAGUGGAGGCAGCGGGUGCAGCACCGACCGGGCGCGCGGAGAGCUGAGCCGGGGAGGCGGCGGCAAAGGGUGAGCGCAACUUCGUAGCGCCCUUUCCCGCUCCGGCUCCGGCCCGGCGCUUCUCGGGAGGGUCCCGGCGGCCGGAGCCAGAGAGCGCGCUGCGGACGGGCGCCCCGGCGGGCAGGAAGAUGAUGAUGAUGUCCCUGAACAGCAAGCAGGCGUUCAACAUGCCGCACGGCGGCAGCCUGCACGUGGAGCCCAAGUACUCGGCCCUGCACAGCGCCUCGCCCGGCGCCUCGGCGCCCGCGGCUCCCUCCGCGAGCUCCCCCGGCAGCUCGACCAAUGCUGGCGGCGGCGGAGGCGGCGGUGGCGGCGGCGGCGGCGGCGGCGGAGGCCGGAGCAGCAGCUCCAGUAGCAGUGGCAGCAGCGGUGGCGGCGGCGGCGGGGGCUCGGAGGCGAUGCGGAGAGCUUGUCUUCCAACCCCACCGAGCAAUAUAUUCGGCGGGCUGGAUGAGAGUCUGCUGGCCCGCGCCGAGGCUCUGGCGGCCGUGGAUAUCGUCUCCCAGAGCAAGAGCCACCACCACCAUCCGCCCCACCACAGUCCCUUCAAGCCGGACGCCACCUACCACACCAUGAACACCAUCCCGUGCACGUCGGCCGCCUCCUCUUCGUCUGUGCCCAUCUCGCACCCGUCCGCCCUGGCGGGCACGCACCACCACCACCACCACCACCACCAUCAUCACCACCAGCCGCACCAGGCGCUUGAGGGCGAGCUGCUGGAGCACCUGAGUCCCGGGCUGGCCCUGGGCGCCAUGGCGGGCCCCGACGGCGCCGUGGUGUCCACGCCGGCUCACGCGCCGCAUAUGGCCACCAUGAACCCCAUGCACCAAGCGGCACUCAGCAUGGCACACGCGCACGGGCUGCCCUCGCACAUGGGCUGCAUGAGCGACGUGGACGCCGACCCGCGGGACCUGGAGGCGUUCGCUGAACGCUUCAAGCAGCGACGCAUCAAGCUGGGGGUGACCCAGGCGGAUGUAGGCUCCGCGCUGGCCAACCUCAAGAUCCCCGGCGUGGGCUCGCUUAGCCAGAGCACCAUCUGCAGGUUCGAGUCCCUCACGCUGUCACACAACAACAUGAUCGCGCUCAAACCCAUCCUGCAGGCGUGGCUGGAAGAGGCGGAGAAGUCCCACCGCGAGAAGCUCACUAAGCCGGAGCUCUUCAACGGCGCGGAGAAGAAGCGCAAACGCACGUCCAUCGCGGCUCCGGAGAAGCGCUCCCUUGAAGCCUACUUCGCCAUCCAGCCGCGGCCCUCCUCGGAGAAGAUCGCCGCCAUCGCAGAGAAGCUGGACCUUAAGAAAAACGUGGUGCGCGUCUGGUUCUGCAACCAGAGGCAGAAACAGAAAAGAAUGAAAUAUUCCGCCGGCAUUUAGGAGACUCUCGGCCUCUCCAGGGACGGCCCCUCGCCUCGUCCCGUUUCUCCCUCCCUUUCUCUCCUGCCUCUUUCUUUCCACCUUUGGAGACCAGGAACAAUUCGGUUAAAAAAAUGUGAAUCUAGAGACAGAGAGGAUGAAAGAGGGUGCGAACGACGAGAAAGCAACUGACCCCACACCGGCGAGAACGGGAAAAGGUUGCUCAAGGCAGCGAAAAACAAGAGAUGGGAUUUGUCAAAGUUGUAGCAAGUUGUCCCUUUUAACCCCACCGCGGCUUCUUCAGAGCAAACGAGGAGCCUGCUGUUUGAAGGAAGGCAGAUGAGAGACAGCCUUCUCAAGGUCCGCAAGAACGACCAAGUAAGAUUUGUUUUUAUUCUUACAGACAUCACACUUGUUAAGUUUAAAAGUACACUUUGCAGCUAUUUUUCAGAAAUAGAAACGGAUUCAGGACUGAAACUUUAAGCUAGAGUUGAAGCUUAAUGUGAUAGACAUCUCUAAAGUAUUUUGAAUUAAAAAAAAAAAGAUGGCAGAUUUUCUGCAUUUACACUGUAUAUUAUAUAUAUAUUUUUAUUGUGGUUCUUACCCCCUUCUUCCUUCUCUGAAGUGUUAAUGCUUAAGAAAGAAGUCGCGCCUGCUGUGUUCACUGAUCUUAAAAGCUAUUAUUAGAUUAUUGCCGAACAACCCUCUGUAAAUUAUUAAUUUAUCUCUCUAGCAACUUAAUUUUGUGCACAUCCUAAUUAAUUAAACUUAGUUUUAAAAAGACGGGGGAAACGUAUAGCUAGUGAUGUUCAAAAGAUUUUGUUUGAUGAGUUUACUGAAUUUUUACAGCUUUUCUCUUAUGCCGUGUUCCGUUUGGCCCAUUUGUAUAUUCUCACUUUGAAUGAAGAUUGUUUUUUCUUUGUUUUUACUGCUAGUGUUCUGAUUUGUAAGUCAACACUCAGUAAUGAAGGUCUUAAUCAUCUAGACCUGAUUCACUGUCCGAAGUAUUGUUUACUUCGUUACAUAUUUAAUGGGGAUUCCCACAUUGUCCCCUCUGUCUCACCCCUACAUAUACACCCACACACGCGCGCACACACACACAUCUGUCUCUAACAGAUGAGAAAAAGCAGUUGGAAGCAUGACUGAUGCAUCCUUUCCUAGCUUUAGGGGCAUUUGUCACUUGGUGUUUGCCCUUCCAGAUUCCAAGAUUUCACCAAGGCAUCUCAAUCUUCCAGUUUGCAAUUGCUUUGUUGAUUGCAUUUAACAUUGAUAGGAGCCCUUCAGUUUUUCCUUUUGGAGGUUUGUUUGUAGAAAAACUAAUUUGAACUAUAUGAAAGACAGUGCACUGCUAGUAAAUUCACAUUGUUUGGUAGAAUUCUUUUGGAACAAAAAAAUAGGUAUGUGAUGACUGAUACCUUGUCUAUUGUAAAUAUUUCAUUCAAAAUGCACAUAUAGAUAUAUUCUUACAAAUUUUGCUGUAUUGCUGUUCCAUUUGAGGCUCUCUAAAGUCUUGAGUUCUGUAUAUGAUCUGCUUUCUUGUUUUUGUUAAUAGAUGGUUUAUUUACUAUGGUAAUGUAUUAAGUUAUUUUUGGUGUUGUUUGAUUGUCUUUCAUUGAAGAGAUGAUUUUAAUGUUUUAUUGGCAAAGUAUGCUGCUUUUUUCAUUAAAAUAUUCUAUUAAUAUUAAAUGGCUUUUAAAAUGUGA